AUGGCGAAGCUCCUUCUGUUGGCAUGCCCGUCGCUGACAGUGCCACCGUCGCCACCGCAGCACCCGCCGACGUCCUGGCCGACGAGCGAGUGGUCGACUUGCGAAUGGUUCCCAUCCAACUUUCACACGAUUGCUGAGCGCCAGAUCUUUCGAGAGAACGACACCAAGUAUGUGCCGACACCCACGGAAUGCAUCGCGCUCGCCCGGAAGGAGGGCUGCGACAUUGCAAAUACUGACGUCAACCCCAUGACCAGCAACGGGUGCUGGUGCCAGUUUUUAUGGGGCAUGGCACCCGUCAAGGAGGAAGGCUCAGAGUACAAUACGUGUGUCCUCGCCACCACUUCGACCAGGCAAGAGCUCGAAUCGUACCUGUACUCGGCGCAGAAUGGAGGAGCAAGCGCACCUAUUGCCCUCAUCGUGGGCUCCGCUGGCCUUGCUCUGGGUCUCACCGGGGGCGUGAUGUACUUCAUACGCCGCCGCAAAGCCCGGCGCGCGAAAGAAGAGGCGGUGCGGCAGCGGCAGCAAGAGCAGGGCUGGACCGAGAUACACAAGCUUAUGGUCGAGGCUGCCGGCUCUCUCAUCGGCACCCGCAACGCGACCGAACUCGCCGAGGAGAGCCGCUUCGCGACCGAACCACGCGAGCUCGUGUUUGGACGGCCUGCAAAAUCGGCGCUGGGGAUCGAGUACUAUAUGUGCGUGGCGAGAGACGUGGUCCUUUUGGGGAUGGUCGAGGGCACCGCCGCCAUCGUGCGUGAGGUCGACAUCGGUGGCUCCGCCGUCGACCGCGAAUGCCUCGAUUACAUCUUGCACGCCGAGGCCGGAUCGAGCGAACGUGCCUUUCAGGCCGGUCUGCGGCGCGACUGCGAUGCGUUUGGCAGUGUGCUUCCCUCCCGCACGGUGGAAGAUGGCUCCACGGGCAAGCUGCGCGGGAUGCGUCUGGAGGACUUUGUCAACCACCAGAGCGCGCGCCUUGCGAACCUGACCGAGGCACAUGUCGUCGCUCUGCGCUUCUACACCACGCAGGCGUAUCGUGCGAUCAACACACCGCUGCGCGAAAGGGACCGCUUCAUGCGCGGCGAGCCGCACCCAAUGCCGGUGACGGUGGCGCUGCUCCGCGACGCGCUGGGCAAGCUGCGGGCGGUCGAGGCGGAGCGGCACUCGGCCUCGCCCAACACGGCGCUUCGCCGCGUCGAGCUGUACCGCGGCAUGAAGGACGUGACGGCGCCGGCCGACUUCAUGGCACAGGGCGGCACCGAGCUCGCGCCGAUGAGCACGACGUCCGAUCUCUCCGUGGCGAUGCGCUAUUCUGCGAGCUCCCACGCGGUGCUGCUGCGGCUCAUCACCGAGUCCUUCUACGAGAGAGGGCCGGAUAUCUCCUUCCUCUCCGCCUUCCCCGGCGAGGCGGAAUUCCUCUUCCCGCCCCUGACUUACCUGCAGCCGACCGGCGACGUCGAGACGGUGGUGAUCGGCAGGUACACGUUCGAGGUGGUGGACGUGCGGCCGCGGAUUUGA